UGCAGUUCGCCGUGGCUAGCCUAGGCUCGCAAAACGUAACGUCCCCCACGGCACCAUUAUUAUUAUUAUUAACGUUAUUCCAUGCGAAGGAGUGUUCUGUCCCUUGAACCAUGACUUCGUUUACCAAGGCGCACCACAGGGUGUCAACGAGGGAUAUGAAAAGGAGACAGCUGCGUGACACACGCGAUGAGGCAGCUACAUUGCCCUUCACAGCAGUUGUAAGUCCCGCCUCAUCUGCUGUAGAGCGCCACUCGAAAGCUAACUGCUGCAAGAGCGUUUCCUGCAUAAUCUCCCUUUGCGUGGGUACUGUCCUGACAGGCCUUCUCCUUACUGUGUACUACUACUUGUCCUCAGCAGCACGUGAAGAAUCUCGACUGGUUAAAGGAAAUCCCGAGCCAUUACACGCCACAAGCAGUAGCACCGAACACGCCAGCAAGAGAGGUAGCAAAUCACGAGCUAUCCUGGCUUGCUACUACGAUCCUGGAUCAGCUGGACGAAUCAGUUGGACGUAUGAUCUCAACUCUGACUUCAAGCAUAAUGACUGCACCCACAUUAUGUACCAAGGCAUCGUCUUUGAAGAAGACCGCGUGAUUGCUGAAGACGAAGCAUUCGCACGAACGGGCAUUCCCCGGUUCGUGGCUCUCAAGCGACCGGGACUAACUGUGAUGGCGUCUUUGCGCUUAGCAAACCUCUCCAGUAUCUCCAACCGCACCUUUGUUCCCGCUGUGACUUCUUGGGUCCUCGAGAACGGUUUUGAAGGGCUGGACGUCGAUAUCGCGUGGGAUGAGGACGCAUCUCGAUAUAAUUAUUUGGUAGACGUGCUGGACAAACCUGUGCGCGACCGUCAACUUAUACUGAGUGUCAAUGUCUACUCCACUAGCACAUUUAAUGAAGUCAACAUUACCGCCCUCUACGUAAAUUCCGACUUCCUGGUUCUCAACACAUACAAUCUCACGUUCAACCAAAUGAUAACGGCUGCUCCUGCGCCACUAUAUGGGAAAAUUUCUUGGAACUCCACAAUAGAAGCUGUUUACAAGCAAACUAAGAGCUUGGCCAGACUUAUUCCCACAAUAUCUUUCAUGUCCCGACAAUUUGAGCUCGACGACGAGUUCACCCCUGCUUCGCGGCAGCCCCAUGAUGGUAUGCGAGCCAGUUACUUCGGGCCUCCAGGUAUCUACACUAACACUAAGGGACUACUCGCUUACUACGAGGUGUGCAGCAUCACCACGGAUCCAGGUUGGGUACGCGCAUGGCAAAACAUCAGCUUCUGUUUCAUGUUUGCAAAGGACAACCAAGUCGUGAUUAUCGAGGAUGAGACCAGCAUAUCCUGUAAGGUUGCAUAUCUGAUGCAGCAUUAUCUAGCAGGUGUGGCAAUAAAGCACGCAGACUUGGACGCCUUCAAGGAGAAGUGCAACAAGGUCAACCCACUGUUCCAGACAGUCUUGCAGAACGUUCGCCAGUACAAAGUGCCCACCUCGGCUUCCAUCACAUGGCGCUCGCCAGACCUUACCACAAAAUUUGAGUUAAAACCAGAUGGAACGGUGGAAUGUUACACCUAAACUACAUAUGCUCUCCAUAAAGGCAAAGAUCUAGUAAACUAACUUUAUUGUGGCAUGUGGCCUCACGCAGCAUGCGGUGGUUAUGUGUUUAAAAUAUGCGUGAUAGGCGUGAUAUGUUCGGUGUCGGAACAGAAAAAUAA